AUGGCAGAAGGCAUUUGUAGCAGUGAUUUACUCCAAGUUAAUACUAGUGUGGGAGAUAAUCAGUGUUCUUCUGAAAUGAGUUUUUGUGAGAUAUGUACCGAAUCUAAAGCAAAGAAUGAAACAAGGAACAGUACUAGCAAAUGCUCUCAUAUUUAUUGUUCUGAAUGCAUCACCAAACUCAUCGAAGCUAAGAUACAAGAAAACAUCAGCAUGAUUACAUGCCCAGGGACCAAUUGUAAGGAGACAUUAGAACCUUAUUUAUGCAGAGAUAUCAUAUCAGUUCAGGUGUUAGAUCGGUGGGAAAAUGCCUUAUGCGAGUCUUCAGUUAUUACUUUGCAGAAAAUUUACUGCCCAUUCAAGGACUGCUCGGGUGAUCGUGUUCAAAUCAAUUUUGCUAUAAAUGUGGAAACUCAUGGACUCGUUGUCAGGGAGGCUGUUAGAGAGUAUGAGAUUGCAAUGUCUGCGGUCGAGAAAUGGUUGGACUUCGGAAUGUAUUCCUUCUUCAUGCAUCAUUUUGUUCACUGCAAAGAGAUUACAGAAGGAUUUCAAGGAUCAUCAAUGGAGUCUCUUCCCUCAGAUAUCGUACAAGAUAUCCUUUCUCGUGUUCCAGCUGAAUCUGUUUUGUAG